UCUGCGGGGGUCGUGGGGGGGGAGGCCACCGCCGUUUUGGGCCCCCUUGCUGCAGCGGCUCGUCGGGGAGCAGUCGGUGGCGGGCAUCGGAGGCUCGCGCGUUACAGUUGCGUGUUCAUUAAAACCACAAGUCCUUUUACGACAAUUGAACAUUAACAACUUUGGUGAAUUGACGCGAUGCGUCCGACUCAACGCUCGCUUGGUUUGUUGUUGAUGGUGGUGGUGUUAGUUUUUUUAUAAAUUGGUUUCUCUGAGUAACGGAACCGCCCGCCCGCCACCACCACCACCACCCUCCUCAGUCCGUAAUGUGGGCGACCACGGCUGGUCGCUAAACGCGAGUCAGAAGGCGCCCGCGGCGAGAGGAGUGGAAGAGAGAGAGAAGGACGGUGAUCAUAUUUAGCCUCGGAUCCUGCUGUCAGUCACGGUGAGGGUUAACAUCGAACGUUCUACUUUGGAGACAAGACAUUUACAAGGAGCUCUAGAGGAGCCCCUCGAGGGGAUUUGGCCUAUUCUUCCACGCUGGCCAGACGUCUUCGAAGAGGUGGGACUACCCACACGUUACUUCGCCACACACGACCUGCCGGGCGACUCACUGCGGUGUACUGGAGUGGGCGGGCUGGAGGAGGUUGCCGCGAUGAUAAUCCCGAGGACCAGGGCGUCCUUCUUCAGCCUUGUGUGUGGCGCCAGCGUGGGCUUUGCGCUGAGCUACCUUCUGCUGGCGGUGUACACGCUGGACCGCACGGAGGAGCGCGAGCGCACGCCCGUGGUUAUGCUGCCGAACAACCCUCACGACCCGCACCCGGAGGGUCGUGCCAGCGACGAAGAUGGCAAUGCGCCACAGGGGCAGAUGAAAUUCCACAUCCAUGACGGCGAUCACAAUGAGGAGGACAUGAGCCAGAUGCAGGAGCUGCGCCGCCGUGUGCGCGUCCUCUGCUGGGUGAUGACGGGCCCCCAGAACCUAGAGAAGAAGGCGCGCCACUUGCGCGCCACCUGGACCAGGGCCUGCGACAAAGUGCUCUUCAUGAGCUCCGAGGAAGACAAGGAUCUCCCCGCCGUGGGGCUGCACACCAAGGAGGGGCGAGACCAGCUCUACUGGAAGACGAUCAGGGCCUUCCAGUACGUGCACGAGCACCACCUUGGCGACGCCGACUGGUUCUUGAAAGCGGACGACGACACCUACGUCAUCGUCGACAACCUGAGACUGAUGCUGAGCAACUACACGCCCGAGCAACCCAUCUACUUCGGGCGCCGCUUCAAGCCCUUCGUGAAGCAGGGCUACAUGAGCGGCGGCGCAGGCUACGUGCUCAGCAAGGAGGCGCUCGUCCGCUUCGUAGACGCUUUCGCCAAGGGCAAGUGCACACACACGAGCUCGGUGGAGGACCUGGCGAUCGGCUCGUGCCUCGAGAAGAUUGGGGUGGCGGCGGGCGACUCGCGCGACUCUGCCGCGCGCGACACAUUCCACCCGUUUGUGCCUGAGCACCACCUCAUCGCCAACUACCUGCCCAAGUCAUUCUGGUACUGGAAAUACUGCUUCUACCCAGCAGUGGAGGGCCCACAAUGCUGCUCCGACUUCACCAUCUCAUUCCACUACGUGAGCCCCACGUGGAUGUACAUCCUGGAGUACUUUGCCUACCACCUGCGUCCGUAUGGCUACAGGUACCGCUUCCAGCCCGUGCUGUCCAACAUCGGGCACAGUAAGGACGUGGCGCUGGCAGAGCCGAAGGACGAGGGCAACUUGAGGCUGCCAGACGUGCAGAGGAAAGAUGACGCGCCUGCUGUCGACGACAAUGCGAUAGACGGAGGAGGAGGAGGAGAACCUCGGGUGAAGGGCAACGGUGAGAAGAAGCUGCCAGCGGCAGUUGCCCCAGAGAAGUCGAGAGACACCUCGAAGAAGAUUUCUAACGUUAUCGAGGACAUUGUGGAAGACAAAAAGGCGGCUGACGCGAAUGAGCAAAAGAAGAUAAGAUAGAACGUGGAGAUUAUCUGGCUUAUAGGAGAACAAUGUGAAGGAUAAUUAUAAAAGGACUGAUCACAAUAACAAACAAAAAACCUACAAAUUUAAUGAGAAAGAGACUAAUUGUAUGGGUUGAGUGGUUUACAUUCUUUUUCUUAUUUUAAAAUAUUUUGAUACUAAAAUGUUAUACAUUGUCUCUUGAGGUGGUUCGUAAAGUGAAGGUUGAUGCUGUGGUUUGAAUGUAAUUAAAUAGCGUCCAGUUAAAGGUGAUCUUCUGAGCAUGCUCCUGUAUCAGUUUUAACACUUCUUGACUACCAGUUCACGUAAAUAAUUUGUUAUAUUAUCAUUGUCAACUAAGCUCAACUUGUUCAAAUUAUUGUAGCUGUCAUCAUAGCGGCACCUCACUGCCUAUGCUGCGUGGUUAUUGAGCGUUAACAAGUUCUGAAAAAUGAAUGACUCAAGUACAGCAGCUCAAUAGUACAAAUUUAUAUUCCUGGUUAAAACAUUUUUUUAUCUGCACUCUUGUUUAUUCUGCCAGUAAUCGGUCAUGUCAAACACACACCUCCCUUAAGACCGAAACAGGAAGACUGCUUAUCAAUUUUGUUUACGUGACAAACCUUGUCUCAUUGGCUGUCGGGUGGUGGUGGGUUUAACGACACAUUUACACAAUCUAACCCAAAAAAAAACCUUUAUUAUGGAUAUUGGUCGCGAAAGGCCUACGUGUUAAACUGACAUUUCCCUCUUGUGUAAAGAAAUCUCCAUAUCAUCAUCACUCGUGGGAACUUCUAGGAACAGCCGAAUAGUCUAAACACAAGUUCAUUUUAAAUGUGAAGGGGAAACUGGAGGAUCCGAAGAAGAUGCACGCGACAACCACGGGGGUGGGGGGGGAGGAGAACGCGCUAACUCCAUAUGUACAGGCAUCGGGAUCAAACCCACGAUUUCCUGCAUAUACCAGGCAAGGGGAGAUAUAAUCUCGCCACCUCGGCGUGAAUUUGAAUGCGUAAAUAUUGGCAGCCGCUUAUAAUCUAAAUGUGGUUUUCCAGGUUGGGAUGGAUUUGAGGAUUUAUUCUCUUCAACUCCUGAUGUUGCCCGCAGGCAUUGUAGGUGGCGAACGGUCAAUAGAAUCGUAAAUGAAAAUGCAGCCCAACCUGAAUAAUCCCACUCCGAUUGUGAUUAUAUUAACUAUGUAUGUUUGUGUAACUCUGUUUACCUUGCCAUCCAGUUUGAUUGAUUAUAUCAGUUUAGUCGGCUUGCAACAGUCAUCCCCCCUGAAGUAUGCAAUGUGAUUUGUGAGUCAUGAAACGUAUUUUGUACAGUACAAUUGAAUUUCAAAAAUGCAGGGCUCUAUUCUGGCUUUUCAUUGCAGCUUGUGUGAAAUAUUAUUACUCUCUCCAAAAGACACUUGAUGUCAGUAACACUUCCACAUUUUUGCUCUGUUGCCUGAAUGUUAAAUAAGUCAAUACAAAUAACCUUUUUCACAGGCUUACACAUUACCUGUACAUAUUGUAUAUUUCAGUUUGCAGACAAUCAGUGUACAAGUACACCAUGUAGUGUCCCAUCCAUAUCUAGGAGUGAUGGUUGUCGAAUUCUUCUUGGUUGAUUUUUUGAAGUGUGCAUUUUAGUCGGCGAUUGCUCGUGGUACUUCGGCGGAAGUGUCUGAUGGACAACAACACCCAUGUCCACUGUCAUUCGCAUUCUGUCCCAAAUGCAUUGUCAACCACUAAAGAGAUAAUCUGUAUACCGUUUCGUGUGUAGCAAAGCAGAAGAAGUCAACGAUGUCAACAAACUUGCCGGGCCCCCCCCCCCCUCCCCCCUUUUGCUGCUCUUUGUAGUAUUGUGAUCAUCCGGGUGGUGUGCCGAUCAAAUUCUGCCCACCUACAAAUAAGUGCCUGCUAUAGAAGCACUUAGCACCUAAAAACACAUCUGUGGGCUUUUUGACUCUUGGGUCCUUUGGGGGAUAUUUAUAGCUUUUGAAUAAUCGUCUCGCGUGGUUUGUACGUUUUUGUAGCAUGCGUAUUACUUGAAUACAUGGAAAUGCCUUUAGAUCAGCCAUUGGGAUAAGGAGUCUGGUGUGCCGUUUCAUUUUUUUUUGCAGGUCCCACAGUUUGAGCGAUUCCUUUGGUUGUGCUGCACUCGUAUAAAACUGGGACGUGCGUCACAUCAAGCGUGCGCUGUGUGCCGUCAUGUGGUUGGGAGAAAUGUGGCGUUUUAAUGUGUUCAGUCCCCGCUGUGGAGGGCUGUGGAGGGGAGUGUUCGUGUCUGCGCGCACCCGGGCGUGACCCACUGAUCUUGAAUAGAAGCAACUUGAUCCUCAAGUUUUAUGGGUUGGUUGGCCUCGGUGGUACGAGUGUGUUUGAAUAUCACCCAUGUGUAACGGUGCGUCCUUUUGGGACAUUCUUUAGCCGGUUUCGGUCGAAACUCGAAAACCUAUCUCGCAUCACUGUUUAAAUUACGGUGGGGCCCCUCUUUCACGCGACGCCCCAAAUGACCGUGCACGGAACACAACCAGUAUAUUUAAGAUGUACAGUGUUUACUUAGAAUGUUAUCUCUACACAAAAUCUUACAUUGUUAAAAGGGCAACAGGCCUACUAGUCUGGGAGUGCACGCAUCACAAAUGACCCUCACAACAACCAACAGUCACACAACCCGGCAACCACGGCCUCACCGACUUCCUUCACCACGGACGCUGGUGGGAGAAAACUGCUGAGCAAAAUCCCAAAAGGCACGUACGAAACACCACCUCGAGCCGGAUCAGUCCCAGCCACGUAAAGCCAGAUCAGCACCCCCAGCCACCUCGAGCAGGGUCAGCCCCAAGCACAGCACCCGCCUCGAACAGGCUGAGGCGCAGAAUGAAAUCCACCCCCUGCCCCUCUCUUGGUUCCCCGCGGCGGCGCCCUUUAUUGAGUCAAACCCUUGGGCCCUUCCCCCAUUUGAUGAGAACGACGUGCCCAUGAGUCCAAACCCCCGUGCCCACGAGCCAAUCCAACAAUCCAAUCCCACACACCUGCAAACCACUUUCACACAAAGCCCCCCCCCCUCCGAGUCCCUCGCUUCUCCCCAUUCAAAGAAACACCCUGCCCCCCAAUGCUAUCACUCUGACUGCCACGUCAUGGAUCAAAACUUGAAAACAAAUGUGGGUGUAUUAUGGCAUAUUGUCGCGUUUCUUGAUUUUCCACCCGACGUAGACUCAUACAAUAUUAAAACGUGAAUGCAAAUGCAACGGUGAGCGAUCAGUUUUAGUUGACGGUGUUUGUUAUGCGCAGUGUGCAAAAUUAACGUAUUGAAGUGUCCCUCCUCCCCCCUUGCCUAUCUUGUUUUCCUGACAAUUGCAGAUUCGCCGCUUCGUUAGCGGAGGAGCGCAUUGUUUUCUAGUCCUGUGUCGCUAGGCGAGUGAAGUCGCGUUCACGUCGCCAGUUUGCGUUUGUAUUUUAAAUCGGCCAGUGCCGGAGACGGUGGUGAAAUGAGUCGAUGCUUUUACAAUUAAUGUAUAAUGGGGCGCUUUUUGUCCCCAAGUCUGCCUUAAUUUACCAAUGUACACAUAUUGCACAGGACUGCAGGCACAGAAUAUACCAGAGAAUAAGCAUGCCAUGCUCAUCAUGAACAUUGGUGUUUGUCCAGCCUUAUGUUCUGUUUGUCUGAACUACCCUCGUUGGAUUAUUGUAUUACAUCGUAACAAAGGUUUUCAUCGGUUGCCUUUCCCUCUGUAAAUAAUUAAAAGAGUAACAUGCAAUGCUAAGAACAUUGCACUUAUAAAACGCCUAUGUGUGGAACAGUGAUACAUUCCUCGUUUAUUACAACAUGCGCAUAAUCGCUCAUGUAAAACACGAUGUUUUGUUUUUUUACUUGCUCGCGUUGUAAUCCGUUUGUGUCUGCUGCAAACACAGGAUGUGUCGUCAUUCAUUAAAAUGAUUAAGCAAGUAAUUAGUUAAUGGUAUUGUGAUCCUGAAUCUCAAGAAAUGUAUUUGUGGUGGGUGAGAGGGGGAGUGAAUUACAUCCCUAGUAAUAAAUAUACAGCUUGCAUUGUCAACAAAAUUAAGUCGAUAAAAAACUAAUCCUAAUGUUCUGUUUAUAACUCAAAAUGGCAGAAUGUCAAUUAGCACAGUUGCCUAUGUACUGUGUGAAAGAAGUUCAACGUACAUACAUACAUGUAUGCAUUAAUACAAUUUAAUUUAAUCUGUCUUUAUACAGAUUUUCAGAUAUUGAUUCUGGGAAAGGUAUCUAUGAGAACUCAAGGUGUCCUCCAGCAACUUUGAUAUGUGGCUGGGUUUUGGUUUUUGAGAAACGUUUGGCAAAUACAAGGUCCGCUUUUUUAGUUAAGCAAGAAAUGCCACCUAUUGCUUCUUAUUUCAAUUUCAAAUCAAUACCUUCAUUUGGUGAGUCUUAUUUUUCAGUAUUCUCACAAUUUUAUGUGUGUCCUGUAUUGUUGUGGCACUGGUGGCAGCUGUUUGAGCAUAAUCUCCAUUACCAUCUUGUGCCUCUUUAACCCUUUUGUGAUGGUGGAUUUGCCAUUGGUUUUUGGCACACAGUUUCGCAGUCCCCACACUUUGUUCUUUUAGUUAUGGCGAGAUGAGUUCUAAAUCGUGCUCCUCGAACAUUGCCUUUGUUGUAACAUGUGCUUUUUUUGGCCAUUCGCAAUAGUUCUCCCCAAUGUGUGUUUGUUAUGCGCAGCAUAUAUAUUUAAAAAAUGCUGUACAUAUGACAUGUGAGAGGCAGUCAAGCGGUUUUGAAAAUGGGACAUUAAAUGUAUUGGGCGCAUAACGAUUCGAUUAAUUGUCACGAUUCUUGGUGUUGACUUGACUCAAGGAUCGAUUCUUACACGCACAUCCUGAGCGUCUUCAGUCGAUUUUUAACCUAUGGAUAAUUGCACAUACAAAACUGUUAUAUAGCUUUUAGCUCUUCAAUAGACAGGACUACAUCUACUGUUGGCACAACGUUUAACAUCGCUGUGUGCUGAUUAUUAUUUUCUGUGAUAAGCACAUAAAUGCCGAGUGUACUUUCAGAUUCUCAUUCCCAAAGGGGUUUUGGUGGCUCCAUUGUACGCGUAUGUUAAUCUUUAGAUGCUGGCCAGGGAUUGUGCUAUGUACAUAUGUAAUGUAUGUGUAUCCCAGAGAUUGAUGUAAAUUCAGUUGUGUGGAGCCACCUUGCCCCCUGGACUGCAAGCCCGGCGAUCUUCAUUGGUCACGUGUUUACACGUGUACUAAAUGGCCUGCCGUCCAUUCUGCUGUUGCUUUCUGCACUGAUUGAGCACAGGUUAAUUAAAGAAAAUAACGGACACAAACAGGAA